UAUUGUUAUAUUUAAUUUAAAUGAAAUAUAUGAAACAAAAACGUGAAUUUAUUUUGCAAAUAAUUUUCUUUUAUAAAAUAUAAAUCUAUGAGCAUUAAAUCAAAAUGAAAAUCAGCUCCCUCCCUUGUUGUGCUUCAUCGUCAUCAACACUACUCCUACCACCACUACUACUGUCGGCGCUUCCAUCAUUAACUGUCUCAGUCUCUGAUCCUGUUGCAAAUAAAAAAGCACUCAACAUCUUUGUCGCAACAUCAAAGAAAGCCAUUUUUAACCCGUCCACACCCACUCAACAAAAAACCUUUCGUUGUCGUCGUCUUCUUCUUAACAUUGCAAAUGUCAAAUUUACUUUGUUUUUGUUAUUUGCUGCUCUUCUCAACAUCUUAAUGACAGUGGUGGUAGUGGCACCAGUUAUAGUACUUUUACGUUUGUUUGUCCACAACACGUAACUUCAAAGAUUUGAAAAUUUGUGUUAAAAAUACAAUGUAAUGAAAAACUUUACCAGUGUUUGAACAAUUAAACUUUUUAAACAUAAUAUAUAAACAUUAAUUAAAAUAAAAUAAGAAAAAAGUAAAAUAACUUAAAAUUAAGCUAUUUCAAACAUAGUAAAGUGAAUUAAAUCAAUAUAAAAUAAAAUAAAUUAUUAAGCUACGAUAAAUCUCUUUAGAAAGUGAUAAACGAAAUUAAAUUAUUCACACCUCAAGAAUUGUUACCCAUUUGUUUUUCCAGUUGUGUUUGUUUGGCAUUUCCCAUUUUAUGUUCUUAUGGCCUUGUAUUAUUGCCUUCCGAUUUGAAAAUCUUCCAUGCCCUUAAUAUUUUAAAUAUAAAGGGCUUUAGCGAAUUGUAAUUGUAAUGUAAUGUCUAAUUAACGACUUAAAAUUACUAAAUUAAUUUAUAAAUAACUACAACUACAUAAAUAUACAAUAUACAUCAAAUAAAUAGUAUUUAAACAUACACGAAAUUAUUUAAAUAUAAUUAAUUAACAAAUAAUUAACAUCACACAUUUAAUAAUUAAGAAGUAGAUGAAAAAUUAAGAGGCAGUUAAGAAUUAAAUGAUAAUUAUAAAAAUAGUAAAAGCAGAAGAGAAAUACUAACGGAUUGCAAGCGAAGAAACUAAUUUAGAAAAAAUAUUAUAAUUUCAUUUAUAAAUAUAAAAAAACAACAUUUAAACGUGAAAAAAGCGAUUAAUUAUUUCAAAAAGGAAAAUUCAAAAAGCCAUUAACAUUUCGUUCAAGUGGCAUGAGCCAUACAUCGGGUUACCGAAAAUAUGAUGAUAAUGAGUGUAGUGGGCCAAGACCACCUGUACCCGGAGAAGAAAGUCGUGUUAGAAAGAUGACCGAAGGGGUGGGAGAACAUAUGCGUAAUUCACCACCAUCCUAUUUGAAUUGGGCCCGUACACUCAAUCAUCUACUAGAAGAUCGCGAUGGUGUGGAAUUAUUUAAAAAGUACGUGGAAGAGGAAGCGCCUGCAUAUAAUGAUCAUUUAAAUUUUUACUUUGCCUGCGAGGGUUUGAAACAACAAACCGAUCCAGAAAAAAUUAAACAAAUAAUCCAGGCUAUUUACAGAUUUUUGCGCAAAAGCACACUUUCUGUAUCGGAAGAUUUGAGACGUAAUAUUAAGGCUGGACUCAAAAAUGAAAUACCUCUCAGUCCAAAUAUAUUCGAUGAAAUGCAAAAACAUGUUGAAAAUACAAUACGGGAUAAUAUUUAUCCAUCAUUUUUAUGUUCGGAAAUGUACAUCCUAUAUAUACAACAAAUGUCUGCUGCCCACGAACGUUUCAGCAGUAGUGGCGGCCCUACGACGGGCCUAGCUAGCUGUAGUACUGGCAGCAGUAGUAGUAGUGGUGCUAGUUGCGGUAGUAAUAACGGUGGUGGAGGUGCGACAGCAUUAGCAGUAGUAGGAGGUGGUGGAGCAUGUGCGUUGCCAUUUGCAGGCGCUUCCACUAGUAGCGGUAAAGUUAGCAGUACAUUGGGUCCAAUUAUAAAUUUGCCUGCGAGUACUAGCGCCGCUAUUGGUGCUUCAACUGCUGGUAGUUGCAGUGCUAGUGGCAGCGUGUAUGGUCCCUCAACUUCAGCUAGCUCUAGCGGUUCCGUUAGUGCGACAGACACCCUACCUCGCAGCUCAACCUUACCCACCCUACAUGAAGAUUCGGAAUUGUCAUUAAGUGACGAUUUUGAAAAACUACGCGUUGAAGGCGGACGUGUAUCAGCUGAUAUGCCUAUGGGUAUGCGCUUAACGCGCGAUUUAUUAUUGGCAACACAAAAGAGAAGACUGGAAAUUCGACCACCUGGUGCUCAUGGUUAUGUGUAUACAGGGAAAACGAAUACCUCCUAUGUACCGAAUUCCCGUGUAGAUUCUGAAAGGGCCAGUGUCAGUUCGGGCGGUAGAACUGAUUCUGAUACAAUGUCUCUUUCAAGCUGUUCUAUGGAUGGACGCCCAUACAUUCAACGAAGACAUAGUUCUACUGAAACAAAAGCUAUACGACAGAGUGCCUUGGCUAAUAAGGAAACAAAUUCCUUUCAGGUAAUACCUCGCACUCAGCGUCUUCAUUCGAAUGAACAUCGUCCCUUAAAAGAAAAUGAAUUAAUAGCGUUACUAAUACCCAAACUAGAGGAGGUUAAACGUAAACAAGACCUUGAAGAAAGAGCACGAAUAGAGCAUUUCCCUGAAGAAUCUUUGCCGACCAAUGAAAGAAUUGCCAGCGAUCGUGCGUUUGCACAAGCCAUACGUGAAAAAUUUGCUAUCGACGAAGACAAUGAUCAGGAUAUACUUGAUCAGCAUGUUUCCCGCGUUUGGAAUGAUCAGACUCCACAUCGUUCUCCUGGUACAAUGUCACCCUGCCCACCUUUACCAUCCAGAAGGCGUACCAUAACGCAUGACUCAGGCAUGUUGAGUGAUGGUGCCAUGAGUAUGAGUGGUCAUUCGAUGAAACACUCAAAAUCAAUGCCAGAUCAUAGUUCCUCAGCCAGGAAGCUUACAAAUAAAUGGCCUUCCAUGAAUACAGAUAGUGGCAUAAGCCUAUUCUCAGCUGAUACUCUAAUGAAGUACAAAGACAAUAGUUCACGUUCUGGCACGAGUACAGCCUCAAAACUAGAAGAGACAAAAAGAAGACUGGAAGAUGAGACUAGACGGUCUCGUCGAUAUACCCAACAACAUAUGCUGCCACCAAUGCAACAGCAACAACAACAACCAUCAGCCUCAUUUAGUAACAGCAGCAGUGGCAGUAGUAGUCUACACCAUCAAUCACUCCCGCCUCCACUACCCGCUAAACCCCAAGAGACGACUACAGUUGUAUUUUCAUUUUGUGAUGAAGAAUAUCCCUAUAGAACUAAAAUACCCGGUACCCAACCCACACUAAAGCAAUUUAAGGACUAUUUACCCAAAAAGGGUCAUUUCAGGUUUUUCUUUAAAACACACUGUGAAGAUCCUGACAGUCCAGUGAUUCAAGAAGAAAUUGUCAACGACAACGAUAUCCUUCCCUUGUUUGAGGGCAAAGUGAUGGGUCUCGUUAAACCAUCCGAUUAAUAAUAGUACUCAAACCGGAAAAUUUUAUAUUUUAAUUACAUAGUUUGACAAAUUCUCUAUUAUUAUUCUAUUAUUUUUUUAAUUUUGACAAUAUUUUAUAACAGAAUAGCUAAGAUAUUCUGCGCUUAGAAAAGCAAUACAAUGUUAAAAAUUUAUUGAAUUGUUUUAAAGUUUAAAACAAUUCAAUGUUUAAAAUUUAAACACAAAACAAAUAAUGUUUUUUUUUUGAAUGUUUUAUAUAAUGUAUAAAGAAAUGUAUUUAGUUAAUGGAUAGUAAAACAAAAUGUAAAAUAUUUAAUAUAAUUUUUUAUAUUAUGCAAUUAAACAAGAAAAAAACGAAACAUUUUUAUCAACGAAUAAAACGAAAUCUAAUUGAUACGUGUUUAUUUAAAGAAAACACAUAUAUUUUUUUAUUCUACAUUGCUUUUUUGUUUAAAUCAAAAGAAUUAAGAAUCUAUUUAUUUUUAGUAUUUUCCUUUUUUUAUUGUUAUAAUUGUAUAAUUGAUUUCUUCAAAGCAGUUGAGUAUUCUAUUCUUUAUUAUAAAUAUAACAGUAAAAAUAAAAUAAUUAUAAAAUGUUAACGUAAGGACUGCCUGCAAUAAAUACAAGAAAGUGUGA